UACAUCUAUUCAUAUACAUUGUAAAUGAUACAUUUUCUUGACAUAUUUUUGCAUGUAGGUUGGGAUGAAUCGCACGGUUCAAGGACAUUGCUUGCAUGCCACUUCGCCAGCCUGUUCCCCUGAUCUGAAUGAAGGCUGCGUCCAUGGCCAGCAAUGACGUUAUUUCCUGGGGGGUGGCAGGGAGCAAAGUACUGCAGUUCUAGGGAACAGUGUAUGCAAGUCUGACAUGUGAGCAUUUGGUCCGGAACAACCUGCUGCACUAAUUCCACAUUGUACGAAUUUAAUCGCAUCAAUAACUGUAUUGUGUGUGUUUAAAUUUUUUUUUUUACCAUCGCACUUCAAGACAAAUUCAUUUUUUUUUAUUCAGAUAGGUAUAUAUUUUUGUACCGCCUCGGUUCGUGUGGACGUUUAGGCAGAUUCAUAACGAACCAUGGCGGAGAGAAGUGGCCGGUUGAGCUUCGGUGGCGGGGCGCUCAACAGACCGGUGCCAAUGAACCUGUUCGCCACAUGGGAAAUAGAUGGAUCGUCCCCGAGUUGUAUCCCGAGGUUGUGCAGUUUGACUCUGAAGAGGUUGGUGGUCCUGAGGGAGCUGGACAAGGAGCUCAUCUCUGUGGUCAUCGCUGUCAAAAUCCAGGGUUCCAAGAGGAUCCUGAGGUCCCAUGAGAUAGUGCUGCCCCCUAGUGGCUCAGUGGAGACUGACUUGGCUCUCACCUUCUCACUGCAGUACCCUCACUUCCUGAAGAGAGAGGGUAACAAGCUCCAGAUCCUGCUGCAGAGGAGGAAGAGAUACAAGAACAGGACUAUCCUGGGAUACAAGACCCUGGCUGUAGGAACCAUCGAUAUGGCUGAGGUGAUGCAGCACCCUACGGAGGGGGGCCAGGUUCUGUCUCUGUGCAGUAACCAGAAGGAGAUGCUGGGUAAAGUAGCUGAGAUCUGGAUCUUCUCACUGUCCAGUCAGCCGAUAGACCACGAAGAGGCCGCUCUGCAGGAGGGAACCAAGAUCAAAUGCUCAGAUACCUAUUCAGAGGAGGAGUAUGAGAGUUUCUCUUCAGAGCAGGAGGCCAGCGACGAUGCUGUUCAGGGUCAGGACCUUGAGGAUGAUGAGUAUGAUGUGAGGAAACCAAAGAAGCACAGGAGGUCUAUCGUGAGGACUGCCUCAAUUACCAGGCAGCAGAACUUUAAACAGAGACUGGUGGCCCUGAUCAAGAGGUUCCGAGUCUCAGACGAGGUGUUGGACUCGGAGCAGGACCCGGCAGAACCCCCUCCAGAGGUAGAGGAGGAUCUGGACCUCGAGAGUCUGGACCUAGAGAACCCCAGUGACAGUGGACCGGAACUAGACGAUGACGACAGUGUCCUCAGCACCCCGAAACCUAAACUCAAGCCAUAUUUUGAGGGUCUCUCCCUCUCCAGUUCUCAGACAGAUAUGGGCAGCAUCCACAGCAGCCGGAGUCACCGAGAGCCACCAAGUCCGAUGGACCCAGACAAGACUAAGAGCAGUGGAGACAAGUUCCAGGUGGACAAUGUCUCAGAUAACGCUUCUCUUCAGGAGGAGCAACCAGAGGCAGUGACCCCCACUACAGAGCUGGAGAUGGACAACAUGGACACCUUCCUGGAGAAACUGCCCCCUACUGGCAAGAUGAAGAAGACCGAGUCCCUCAUCAUCCCUUCCAACAGGUGGCAGGAAGCUAAAUUGGCAGGGAGGAGAGGGAGAAGUACUUCCCUAAAGGAGCGCCAGCCCAACAGACCACAGAAUGAGAGAGCCAACAGCCUGGAUAACGAACGCUUGCUCGACACACGCUGCCAUCUACAGAUCCCCAGGAAGACUGUGUAUGACCAGCUGAACCACAUCCUGGUGUCUGAUCACCAUCUACCCGACAGCAUCAUCCUCAUCAACACAUCUGAUUGGCAGGGCCAGUAUCUGUCAAGUGUUCUCCAGAACCAGCACCUCCCAGUGGUGUGUACCUGUACUACAGCAGACAUCCAGGCCGCCUUCAACACCAUCGUCUCACGCAUACAGAGAUUCUGUAACUGUAACAGCCAGACACCCAUCCCCAUAAAGAUAGCUGUGGCUGGAGCCCAGCACUACCUCGGUGCAGUCCUCAGGCUGUUUGUAGACCACCUCUCUUACAAGACCCCUGAUUGGCUGGGCUACAUGAGGUUCCUCAUCAUACCACUAGGAUCUCACCCAGUUUCCAAGUACCUGGGUACCAUCGACUAUCGAUACAACAGUUUAUUCCAGGACACUGCGUGGAGUGACCUGUUUUACAAGCCAGAAGCACCAGUCAUGGUGCAGGAGAGUCCAGACGUGGUUUCCAGGGUAACCCAGUAUAUGGUCGGGGCCAACGGAGCUCACCAACUCCCCAUCGCUGAGGCCAUGCUCACAUACAAACAGAAGAGGAAAAAGAGCUUUCAUUUUGAUUUUGCAGUAAGCCCCGAUGAGGACUCGUGUCAGAAGUUCAUUCCCUUUAUCGGAAUGGUGAAAGUUGGCAUCGUGGAGCCGUCAUCUGCAACAUCAGGUGACUCUGACGAUGCAUCCCCCAUGGGGAUGGUUUUCCACUCCUCCACCCCUCCUCAGGUGUCCCCUGCCCUGAAGGAAGCCUCACCCACCCCUCCCUCUUCCCCCUCCGUCAACACAAGCUUCAGUUCCUACAGUUCUCCCCAGGGGGAGCUGAUGGGACUACAGGUGGACUACUGGGUGGCUCCCUCCCCGGCUGACAGGAAGAGAGACGUGGAGAAAAGGGACUCGUCCUCCUCUAAGAACACUCUGAAGUGUACGUUCCGCUCGCUGCAGGUCAGCAGGCUCCCCCAGACCGGGGCCCAGCCACAGCCCGCCAUGUCCAUGACUGUCGUCAUGAAGGAGAAGAACAAGAAAGUCAUGUUCCUGCCAAAGAAGACUAAAGACAAGGAUGUGGAGUCUAAGAGCCAGGUGAUCGAUGGCAUCAGUCGACUAAUCUGCACUGCCAAGCACCAGCAGACCAUGCUGAGGGUGCUGAUUGACGGCGUGGAGUGGAAUGAUGUCAAGUUUUUCCAGUUGGCGGCACAGUGGUCGUCACACGUCAAACAUUUCCCCAUCGGGAUCUUUGGACACACUAAAGGGCCUUACUAGCAGGCCCCGCAGGCAGCAACUAGAACUAGUAUCCAUAGAGACCGUUACCACAGUAGCGACCGUUGCCACAGUAGCGACCGUUGCCACAGUAGCGACCGUUGCCACAGUAGCGACCGUUGCCACAGUAGCGACCGUUGCCACAGUAGCGACCGUUGCCACAGUAGCGACCGUUGCCACAGCAGCGACCGUUACCAUAGACACUCAUCUGGAACUGAGGACGACGCCCCCGCUCUCAUGUGCCAAUAGCCUUUAACCUCCCAGCUCCAGGCUUUGCACUGCCCCGCCCCCCCAGUCUGCACUGCCCCCCCCACCCGCACAUCAUAGCCUGGUCCCAGGUCUGUUUGUGUUGUCUUGUCAACGAUUUGCUUGACAAUGACUUUAGGAGUUGGCAAGACAGCAUAAACGGAUCUGGGACCCAAUGUCUUAAUUUAAGCUCCAGCUUUCCCUUGUGUUUUAUGUUAAUACGUUUCUGUGUGUUUGUUUUCUUCUAUAUGUAUAUUAUAAACCUUCCCGAGGCAAGGCUGUCAAGGGGACAUUUUGUUUUCUCACCAAGCAUUAAAAAAUAAAAAAUAAAAACCUGCUGAUGUUUUGGAAAAAAACCGAGCAGAAACCUAACGAAAUAAUAAUUUGAUAAAUUAACAAAUGAACUCCUAAAAAGCGAGUGCUCAACUUUUCGGCCCCCUCCCUCUCUUUUUUUUUUAUGUGGCGAAGAUGGAUCGUUUCAAACACUUUGCCAGGCACAAAUGAGCUAGAUAACUCUUUGUUAAGAUGACUUCCAUAACCAAAGGCCCUGAAAUGGAGGAUGGAGGGUGGUAGAGGAUGACAACACAGAAGGCUUGUAAGGCUGGAAGAAGGAUGGAUCUGGAUCCUCAAAUGAAAUGACUUUAAGCCUAGACAGCCCUAGUCCUGGGGUGUAUUCACUAGGAACUAAAUAGAAACAAAUGGAACGGAGAGGGACCUACCUGAAUUUGUCCAACAGGAACUUUUGUUUCCAUAACAAAACAUUCUCCAUUGUGAAACUUUUUUGCUACAGUGUGCACUAAUGAAUACUCCCCUAAUGACAGUGGCUCCUGUUAUAGCCGGCUACUGAGACCCUCUGCACUCAUCGGAUGUAGCCGGCUACUGAGACCCUCUGCACUCAUCAGAUGUAGCCGGCUACUGAGACCCUCUGCACUCAUCAGAUGUAGCCGGCCACUGAGACCCUCUGCACUCAUCAGAUGUAGCCGGCUACUGAGACCCUCUGCACUCAUCAGAUGUAGCCGGCCACUGAGACCCUCUGCACUCAUCAGAUGUAGCCGGCUACUGAGACCCUCUGCACUCAUCAGAUGUAGCCGGCCACUGAGACCCUCUGCACUCAUCGGAUGUAGCCGGCUACUGAGACCCUCUGCACUCAUCAGAUGUAGCCGGCCACUGAGACCCUCUGCACUCAUCGGAUGUAGCCGGCCACUGUGACCCUCUGCACUCAUCAGAUGUAGCCGGCCACUGAGACCCUCUGCACUCAUCGGAUGAAGACUGAAAUGUGCAAUAGAAUUAGCCUGAAAUCCAGACCUGUUUUGUGCUAACAUUCCACACCUUGUACUCCAUGUCAUAUGUUUGGAGUGGCAAGGAGUGGAAUGAUGGCACAAACAGACAGGUACCAGGCUACGAUAUACUAUAUACGUCCUGUACAUCCAAUCAAUUAAAUGUAAAUGCAACUCAUCAUUGAGAUGGCACUGACCCGGCAAUGACAAAUGGUUGAUGCAUAUCUUGCACUCUUAUCCUGUCCCCUCUCUCUCUAUCCUGUCCUCUCUCUUUCUCUUUCCCUCUCCCCCUCUCUCUCUUCUCUCUCCCCCUCUCUUUCUCCCCCUCUCUUU